AUGGCAAACACAAACCUAACCCGCCGAUUCCUUAUCGAACUCAACGGUCAAUUCCUCAGUAAACUAUCUGAUACCGAGACCGCCAAUCUCGUGGCCAAGCGAGAGGAAAGGCACCCGGCUACUAUGGGAGACCGCGACCAAGCGGCAAUCUUCACGCUACAGAAUGGACUCUUGCUCUGCCGUUGGAUGCUCGAGGAAGAUAAGUUUGAGCCUAUGCCUUUGUACUGGGCUGAGCAGUUUGAUAAGGUGAAGUCUGUUCAGUAUACGGGGGAGGGGGAGGACGUGCAGCUUGGGUCUUUUGGUAUGUUGGCGGUGCUGAGCAUAUGGUGA